CAAAGUCCGGUUAAGGGAGGAGGCAUCAGGUGUGCAACUGGAUUUGUGCCGCAAGGAUCAAAAAAAGUUAGUCUCUUAUUCAGCCUGGUGGUAGGGCUUCCGUGUUCCCUGUUUCCAGCUGAAAGGCAGGUUUUUGGCAAAGCUGGAUACAGACGGCAUCACCCUGGAUACGGACAGCAGCCCUCUUGGAUACAGACGGCAUCAUCACACUGCAUGACUUCUUGGUGGAUGUCCUCCAUUCACCUUCACAUCUGGGAGGUUCCUGGUCUACGAGAAAGGAAAUACCUGUGAAACCAGAUCAUCUCCUAACCCGGCAGAUGUGUGAGCAGAAGCAUUAGGGGGACCGUUACACGGUUUGCAGCCUGUUGUCAAGCACAGGGGCUCCAGAUGAGUCCACGAGAGAAUGGCUUAAAGAAAAAGCUUCAGUGGGGAAACUUGGGAGCCCAGAGAUGGGGGAGAAGAAAAGGCGCAGAUUCCCACAUUCUCCCAUUUUCCCAGCAGGAAGGUUGUGGCAGCCGGGGUGCUCCGCCGGUCACUCGGCACGGGUUAGCGUCCCGGGAGAGGGCCUUGCCGCUCUUCCCUUACGAGCCAGUGUAAGCACAGCCCUGUCGGCGGGGGCCGGAAUCCCAGCAUGUGAACUGCACGUGGUCAUUCGGUCGGAGGGAGGACAGCGGUGGAUGCUGGAUCUUCAGUGACCGAAAAUCCCUGUCUAGGUGACUGAAGCUACCCAGUCUGCUUUCUGUUUGUCAGAUGUGAGCUGGCCUAGAUGACCUCUGUGGAGAUGAACUCGGAUAGUCUCGGAUAGGGAGAUUUGAACUGAGCCAAAGCAUCAACACCAUUCAGGCUAUUGCCGAAGAAUAGAGUUUUCAGGGUCAGCAAUGGAAGGUCUCAGAGGGAAGACUGCCCAAGGUCGUACGAAUGAAGAAGCCUGUAAAAGUGGGGGCCAGUUGUCAAGGCAGACAAAAUGUCCCGUACGGAAGACAUCUUCUUUUGGGAAAACAGCGAUCAGAAAAGUGUCAGUGACCCGCAAGGAAAUUUUCACGAGGGAGAGAGGUCCCGAAUCUAGUGAAUUUAGCCCGAGCUCAGAAGUUAAUACCCAGCAGAAAACUCCAGAGGGAGCUAGAUCCCCCAUAUCUAGGAAACACUUCGAAGACAAUUCAGACUUAAUUAGACACCAAAAACUCUUCCCACAGAAGAAACCCUGUAAAUGCAAUGAAUGUGGCAAAGCCUUCAGUUACCAGUCAGACCUUAUGGUCCACAGUAGAACUCAUGGUGGAGAAAAGCCUUUUGAAUGCCACGAGUGUGGGAAAACCUUCAGCCGAAGCACACACCUUCUCGAACAUCAGAGAACUCACACUGGAGAGAAGCCGUACGAAUGCGGUGAGUGUGGAAAGGCUUUCAGCCGGAGUACUCACCUUAGUCUACACCGGAGGAUCCACACGGGAGAGAAACCGUAUGAAUGCGGUGCGUGCGGAAAAGCCUUUAGCCGAAGCACUAACCUCAGUCAGCAUCAGCGAACUCACACCCAAGAAAGACCUUACAAAUGUAACGAGUGCGGGAAAGCCUUCGGCGACCGGUCAACCUUAAUUCAGCAUCAGCGCAUACACACCGGCGAGAACCCGUACGCGUGUCGCGAAUGCGGGAGAGCUUUCAGCUGGAUCUCCUCCCUCGUUGAGCACCAGAGGACGCACACCGGGGACAGCCCCUACGCGUGCAGCGGCUGCGGGAAGGUGUUCAGCAGAAGCUCGUCCCUUAGCGAACACCAGAGGAUCCACACCGGAGAAAAGCCCCAUGAGUGCGGAGAGUGCGGGAAGGGCUUCGGUCGGAGCUCCUCCCUCAUCAUUCACCAGAGAACUCACACGAGAGAGAAGCCGUACAAAUGUAACGACUGUGGGAAAGCCUUCAGUCAGAGUUCAACUCUCAUCAGACAUCAGCAGCUUCACGCGAAAGGGUAAUAUCUGAGCUCUCGUUGAUGGCAGCGUAAGAGCACACAGCGUGACUUCCUGUCGCUACACGUCUUGGGAGUCCCCCCCCCCCUCUACUAGCUGGCCAGAAGCCAAUUUCAAGUUAGCCUUCCUGCCUUCCUUCCUUGAUGCUCAAAGGACUGAUCAAGACAAGGGGAUGACUUUCAGAAGCCAACACGUUCCAUCCCCUAUUCUGGAGGACUCCAGACUUAGAGUAUAGACCUCCUACCUGACACCUUGUAUUUGCUCACUUUAUCUGUUCCGCAGGGCUUGGCUCCCUGAAUGGUCAGUGAACCUUCUGUUUCCUGACCACAUCAGCCCCUUUACUUAAGAGGAAAUCCUGUGUGUGUGUGUGUGUGUGUGUGUGUGUGUGUGUGUGUGCGCGCGCGCGCGCGCGUGUGUGAGAGAGACAGAGAGAGAGAGAGAGAGAGAGAGAGAGAGAUGCUGGCUCUAGUCACAGAAGAGAAGGAGCUGGCUUCAGAACAGGACAAAACACUCCCACUGGUUUGGUGAUAAUAGCGUUGAGGCAAAUUCAGUCCCUCAUCUUAUAAGGACGGAUUUUUCUCUUAAACCUUUUUUUGCUGUAGCGUAUUUUCCUCAAAGUAUAAACCAUGGUUCUACUAAUGUGCUUAAGUAAUCCUAGUAGUAUUUUAUGUCUUCCUUACCAAGAAUGUCCUGACACUUAACGUUUAAUUUUUCCAUUAUUUAGAAAAAAUGCUGCCCUAGUUUUUAAAUUUUUCUUUUGUUUACAGACUUCAUGAAGCUUCGGCCCUCUGGCCCUAAUGCUCACUGAUCCUGUAGAGCUGAUCUCUACAAAUUCAGUGCCUAUUUCUUAGUCUUUUUCCUACUUGACAUUUGCAGAAUUGUCACUUUUGGCCACUCUUAGGCCUUAACAUUUGCGCUUCUGCUGGGAUCCAUGAUUGUGUGCUGAUCCACACUUUCCCUACCUCCCAACGUUCUCUGAUUAACAGUGAUGAGCUCUAUAACUUUGGGCAAGAAUUAGACCAGAAUAGUCUCAUCUCAUCGGGCCAUAAUACUUGAGGUUAUUCAAUGAGGUUGUAAGCUUCUUGAAGACACAAACCUUUCUUUAGAUCCCUUUAAAGCAUCCAAAGUGCUGAGCAGUCCCUAAGUGCCCUGUGAUUAUUGCCCACCUUAUCCCAGGUAAUCAGUUGGCUAGGUUUUAUCUGAAAUGGCUUACGAGUUGAUUUCUCUCUCUGUUCUUAACUGCUGCUGCUGGGGCCUCAGGAGUUUGGGCCCAGAUUGUGAGAGUAAACACCAUUGCCCUUGUCUCCCUGUCUCCAACUCGAUGCCUGACUAAACAAUCACCUUGUCUGAAGAGUCCACAGUUCUCAUUGUCCCUGGGAAAAAGGUCAAACUGUAACUUCAAGGCCUUCCACAGUUAGGUCCAUUUCCUUAUUUUCCAUUACUGCCCGGUAUCCGUGGGCAGACCUGUCCUUUGUCCCUACCACACCCUCUGUUCACACUUGGCUUCUUUUCAAACUAUUCUGUGGCACCCUUUUACACUUCCUGCUUUUUUCCUUGUGUCUCUGGAAAUCCUAUCCACACUCAAGUCUGCCCCCACUGACACUUUUAGUUCCCCACCUGAGAAGUCCUUUGCAGAAGGGGCGCCUGGGUGGCUCAGUCGGUUGAGUGUCUGACUUCGGCUCAGGUCAUGAUCUCGUGGUUCGUGAGCUUGAGACCCGUGUCCGGCUCUG